GGCACAUGUACACUUUGGGGAAACUUCCCUGCUCGAGUGGCGGCGGUGGCCAUGGGAGGCGCUCCCGCCAGCCCCGCUCCGCCUUAGGGCGGGCAGCCCCGCGGCGGAGGGCGGCUGUGGCCGGGCCCCCCGCCUCGACUUGCCCUGCCGGGAAGCAGCGCCAGCGAGCGACCCCGCUUCACCCGUAUUCGGCUUUGCCCUGGGGGGCAGCGGCAGGAUGAGACUGAACGGGAGCGAGCUGAACAGCUCCGUCCUCCCGCGGGACCCGCCGGCCGAGGGUGCCCCGCGCCGCCAGCCCUGGGUGACCUCCACUUUGGCCGCCAUCCUCAUCUUCACCAUCGUGGUAGACCUGCUGGGCAACCUCCUGGUCGUUCUUUCCGUCUACCGCAACAAGAAGCUGCGAAACGCGGGUGAUCCUUGGACUUCAUUUUUGUGCCCUGAGAGACCGGGUAGCCCAACAAAUACUUGACUCAAGGAGGAGAACUUGUAGAAGAUCAAGCAGUAGCACAAAUUCAGGGUUCUGAUAAAAACUGAGAUGUUGAUGGCAAUGAACAUUAUUUCAGAAAUUAAUAACUUCCAGUAUUAAAAAUGGUAAGCUGUUUGGGAGAAGGGAAAAUGUCUAGUGGAGAUGCUGAACUUUGCCCAUUGUUGAAAAGAACUGAGCAUAAAAGUACAGUUUCAAUAAAGUCAUUCCACAGAUUGGUUUUGAUUGAAUACUUUAAUGAAUCAAAGGUUUACUUCAAAGACUUUUUAAAUGGUGCUGUGCUGGUGAGCAAACAUAGAGAUGAGUAUUUCAAAUAAUUAAUAAUUUGUUCUUACUAAUGUGUCUGUCAAACUCAGAGAUUGAUUCUUUCUGCAUUUUGAAGUAUUUAGAGGCAUUGCUUUUUCUAGUUGUCUGCUGCCAGUGGGCAGUGGUACUGAUAUGUUCUGCUAUUUGCUGUCUCUUUUAGGUUAUGUUUUUGAGGGGCUCUCCCUUUUCUCAUUAAGUUUUUUUUGCAUCUUUAAUCUUUUCAUUAGCAGUUUCUGAUCUGCUUCUACUCUUACCUCCUUUUUCUAUUUCUUUUUACACUAUCCACUUUUCUGUCAUGUUAUAAUAUAGAUACUUCAUGUCUUUCUAGGGUAAGACAUCAUCAGCAAGUCUAGGUUAGUGACGGAAAAUACUACGAAGAGUAGGCAUCCAGUGCUGAUGUGACAAUGUCUGUUCUCUUUCUACAGUGAGGCUUGCUUUCCUAGGGCAAUAAAAACAUUGCAGUGUCAAUUCAAUGCUAUGCAUCACAGUUUAGUUUUGCAACCUCAAUAAUAACUUGUCACCCUUGCUGUUGGCAGUUUUUCUUCUAGUCACAUCUGUAUGCUGCCUUAAAUCCCACAUUUUCCACUCCUGAGAAACAAUUACCAACCUCUGUUUCAGAAGGACAAGGAUAACUCAAAUUCUUCAGGACAAGAGAACACAAUUUUUUAACAAAGCUUACUCAAUGAACAAAUAAACAUGUAUUUAACAUGUUAGUAGUUAAGUAAUGCUACUACUAAACAAGUGUUCUUUCAAAAUCAAGCCCUCCUGAAGUCACACAGGUGGACAAUAUUACAGUUCAGUAGGAUAAUCAAGGUUCAUACCUAAAUGACAGAAUAAAGGUCUGGUUAUCUUAUCUUUUUAAGAUUGGAUCAAACAUACAAAGAAAACUUUACCAGUGCCCUUAAAUUCAGAUGACAAACAUGCUGCAACCUUCUUACUGUCUUCUUUUUUCAAGUAGAGCAGAAACUGAGGGUAAUCAAUAAAUCUAUUUACAACAUUUAGAUAGUAACUUCUAAAUAGCUUUGUGGUGAUAACUGACCACUAUGUGUAAAAAGUUUCAUAUUCUGCAGUUCUUUUUUUAAUGACAUUUAUCUGUAAAGAGGAGGCAAACUUAUACUCCUUCCUUGCACCAGAAGUAAAAGACUCAGCUCAUUCUUUUCAUUUUACAAAUGAUCUAGUGUAGUAGCAGGUCAUAUAGUUAUAUAUGGUUUUUGGAGAAGAGGUAUCAGAUUACUGAUGAUCAUAAAACUGCAGCUCUAGGUUAUCUCAGAGUCUUUCCUUGAGUUUGGGACUUGAACUCAGUUACCUGGCUUUUGAGCAGGGUGGUGGGUUGGGUUUUCUUGAUUGUGGAGGACUCCUCAUUUUUUCCAAUACUAGAGUUCCAAGAAUGUCCUUCAAUGCUUCACUUCUCUACCCUAACUCCUAAGGACCCCUAUUCUCUAAAAUAAGAGAGAAAACAAGCAGCUGAUUUCAAACCCUUCUGUGUGACCAAGCACUGAAAUUCUCUAAUCAAAUAUGUACUAAGCAGCUGGAAUCGUUUCAGAUUAAUCAUAUUUUAUGUGGCCACACCUUAAACUGCCUGUUAGUACCUUUGUUGUAGAAGUUGAACAGAAUGUGUACUUUUUUUUUUUUUUUUUUUGGGAUGCAGAUGCAAGGUUAGCAAAAUGGAGAGGUUACCAAGCAGAGGUACUCUGAGAGGUCAGCUCCGUGCUUGGUAUUGUUUGAGGUGAAUCAGUAACACUACUUUUUUAGUCAGCCAUUUCAGCUGCACUCAAGUAUGAACCUACUGCGGUUAUAGUACAGCUGUCAGAACUAUGCUAUGUUAUUUAGCCAGACAGGAUUGCCAACUCCAUAGCAUUGGACCAAAGUGAUGGAACGGGCACAAGUACAGGGAUCAGCUUUGAAAAUUGGUACCCAGUCACAGCAUGCAAAACUUACAACCAGGUACCUGUCUUUGUCUGCGUUGUGGAGAAAAAUCAUGAAUGUCCUUUUCCCUUAGUAGUGGCUAUAGGGCUUAUUUUGUGUUUCUGUUUUUCAGACUAAGUGAUAAACAGUUUUCUACUCCUCAGUCUUACUUGAUUUUUAAGGAUGCACUCAUCUCCUGGUCUGUGUUUGGGAGAAAAGAAGUGUUUUCAUUUUUGUAGGCGAAAGAGUAUUCUUAGGCUGAUACAGUUAGGGUGUGACAUUUUUGUGUUAGGGUUACUGAAGGGAAUUUUACAUGAAUUUUCCUCGUUAACAGCCACUAUUUGCCGCUUCAAUUAAACAUCGCAAAAUCACUUAUAAAAUGAAGAAUUGCAAUGCCUUUUUAUUCUCCUUCAGCACUCUUCAGGUAUUUUUUGGGUAACAUCCACAGGCUUAUUUUGAGACUGGAUAUUGUUGAAAAUAUGAGAUUUGGAUAUUGUGAAGAAUCAGUUUCCACAAAGGCAAAUGAAUCAUUUACUUCCAGUUGUGUUUUUGUUUCAUUUUGGAUGAAGAAUUAAUGGUCUCUAAAUCAAAAAAAAAGUUUGUGUAUUUUACAUUAAUAUGCUCUGUCUUAAUUAUAGUAAUUAUUUACAUUAAAGAUAUAUCUCCAGAUUA